AACACGGAACUGUUGCUAAGGAACCCGUUCAAGCGAAUAGCUGUUGCAAGAGCAGAAUACGAGUUCUCCGGGCGUGCAAGGAAGACCGUUCGCAGUGAAUCAAGCGGAUUGUUUGACAACAUAUUUACUGUGAUGCUGACGAUCAACAAAAUACCCACUCACCAACCAGCAAAACUGGAGCUACACUGUCAAAGAGUUAUGGAGUUUCCUCCGGCAAUGACACAGAAUCCGGGAUUUCAAGGAAAUGUUUACUUCGAGCCUUUACGAAUUGUUAAAUUAUCAACAGAAACCCCAGUUGAAAGGCUGAAUAAGGUUUCUUCCACAAGGAGUUGCCCGGCUGAUGAAAGUCUCCUGACAAGGUGGACUGGGCAUUGGUAUGCCGAGAACCAUUCUUCUCAGAAAAAUAAAUCUCCCAUUUCCAGAUCAGUUGGUGGAUUCCCUCGAAAGCUUGGUAGCCUGAGACAGCUUUCCAUUCUGGACAAGAGUGCAAUUCUAUCAAAAAACAAUCAGCAUAUCUCUGAGGACCUUACCUGGAUCUCUGGAUUGGAGUCACUUGGGAGCCUCAGAACAGGAGACCCCAACAGUAAACCCAAGAAAAGAAGCAACUGUGUAAUAAAUAGAUACCAUAAAGGUUUAGUGUGCACGACAUUGAAGAACACAAGUGUGUUACCUUUAGUAAAUGCCUCUAAGUACAUUGCUUGUGAUACCUUUGCCUUACAACAAAGAUUUGCCUGAUGGCGUUACAUCUACCACAAUGGAUCUGUUGAGAAAUUAAGUGAAUGAGCAGCCUCCUUACUUUUGAAUAUUCUACUUUGGAAAAGGAGUGAGUUUUAAUGACUAUUUAAAUUCUGAAGAAGGGUCAUCAGUCUAAAAGGUUAUGUUUUCCCCUCUCCAUGAGCUAAAUAUUUCCCAGCAUUUUUUGUUUUUAUUUCAUAUUUCUAAUACUUCAAUGUUCUGUUUAUUAAUGAACUGUCACUUUGGUGAAUAGACAACAUGAUGGGCUGAAUGGCCUCUUUCUGUGCACUGUAGCCUUUCCAUGAUUGUAUGAUUCAACAAUUACUUAAUGUUGUUUAAAAUGUAUGGAAUAAACGGGGUUGUAGAUUGGAACAUAUACCUAAAUUAAUAUAGGUAUAUUAAUAAUUCUGUAUUUUAGUUUUAUUUAGAUUUCAAAUAGCAGAAUAAGUUCAAUGUUCAUGCAAUCUGAUCUAGACAGCAGUACAAUUUGAAUUGAUAAAAUAUUGACUUAAAA